AUGGCGCCCAGUUUCGAUACUCUGUCCGAGCAGGACCUUCACGAAGAGGAGGAGGAGGAGAUUGACGUCUCCGAUCUUAAGGCGCAAUAUGAAGUGAAGCUCGAGGAGGGUUUGGAUACAUUUGUUGUCAUCGAUGGGCUUCCGGUCGUGCCCGAGGAGAGCAGACAAAAGCUCGUGAAGUUCUUGAUGAGGAAACUCAACACAGUGGGCCACACAUCCGAGGAUGCGGUCUUCAUGCCCGUUAACGAUAAGAACAUGUCUGAAGGUUAUGCCUUCGUUGAGUACGAGACCCCAGAACAGGCCGUCGCCGCGGUCAAGCAGUUGCACGGCACCCCCCUCGACAAGAAGCACACUCUCCUUGUCAACAAGUUGAUGGAUAUCGAGCGCUAUGGCCGCGAGGGACGCAUCGACGAAGAAUACAAGCCCCCCACCAUCGAGCCUUUCAAGGAGAAGGAACAUCUCCGCUCGUGGCUUUCGGACCCCAACGCCCGUGAUCAGUUUGCUCUUUACCGUGGUGAUAAGGUUGGCGUUUUCUGGAACAACAAGAACAACCCGCCCGAGAACGUCGUCGACCGUGCCCACUGGACCCAGCUUUUCGUCCAGUGGUCUCCCAAGGGUACUUUUUUGGCAUCCGUCCAUCCCCAGGGUGUUCAGCUCUGGGGCGGUCCUGCUUUCUCGAAACAGAAGCAGUUCCCUCACCCAUUUGUCCAACUUAUUGAAUUCUCGCCCGGUGAGAGCUAUCUGACCACCUGGUCUGCGCGUCCUAUCCAAGUGGAAGAAGGCCAGCCCAUUUUGUCUUACGAGGAGGAUGGAAAGAAUAUCAUCGUCUGGGAUAUCGAAACUGGAAAGCCUCUGCGUUCGUUCGUUUCUCAUGAUCUCAGCGCGCCGGGAGGCGAAAGCGACGCGCAGCCCAAGAAGAAGGUGCAGUGGCCUGCAUUCAAGUGGUCUGCUGAUGAGAAGUACGUCGCUCGGAUGCUGCAGGGUCAGUCUAUCUCGAUCUACGAGCUUCCCCGGAUGAACCUGCUUGGCAAGACCUCCGUUAAGGUCGAUGGAGUGAUGGAUUUCGAAUGGUCGCCCGCCACUGUCAACCGUGAAGGUGUCAAGCAAUAUGAGCAGCUGCUCUGCUUCUGGACCCCUGAAAUCGGCAGCAACCCCGCCAGAGUCGCUAUGAUGAGCGUACCAUCUAAGGAGAUUGUACGAACUCGUAAUCUUUUCAACGUUUCGGACGUCAAACUUCACUGGCAAUCCCAGGGUUCAUUCGUUUGCGUCAAGGUCGAUCGUCACUCGAAGUCGAAGAAGUCCAUGGCCACUAACCUAGAGAUCUUCCGGGUACGCGAGAAGGGUGUUCCUGUUGAGGUUGUCGACAGUCUCAAGGAUACCGUUAUCAACUUCGCCUGGGAGCCCAACGGAAGUCGCUUUGUUCUCAUUACCAAUGGUGAGACUGUGGCCGGUGCCGCCGUGGCCCCUAAGACGGCUGUGUCCUUCUUCGCUCGCGAGAAGAAGGGUGGUGCAGCUGGCAACUUCAAGCUGGUGCGCACCAUUGAGAAGAAGAACAGCAACGCGAUCUACUGGUCGCCGAAGGGCCGUUUCGUCGUUGUUGCCACGGUUCACUCCCAGACCAGCUUCGACAUGGACUUCUGGGAUAUGGACUUUGAGGGUGAGAAGCCGGAGGCAGAGAAGGAUCUGACAGCCAACGUCCAGUUGAUGAAGACUCUUGAGCACUACGGUGUAACUGACAUUGACUGGGAUCCUACUGGUCGCUACGUUGUCAGCAGUGCUAGCGCGUGGACUCACUCGUUGGAAAAUGGCUGGAACAUGCAUACAUUCUCCGGCAACACACUCUCCGAAAACCCUACCGAGAAGUUCAAGCAAUUCCUCUGGCGCCCCCGCCCACCCACCUUCCUCAGCAAGGAGGAACAGAAGCAAGUGCGCAAGAAUCUUCGGGAAUACUCGAAAGAGUUCGAUGAGGAAGACAGAUACGCCGUCGAUAUUGCCAACACAGCCGUCGUGGAGAAGCGCAAGCGUGUUCUCAGCGAGUGGAUUGCCUGGAUCCGCCGGGAGAAGGAGCUUCUGUCCGAGGACAAGGAUGCUUACGGGCUCCCCGAGGAUGUGGACGACCCAAAGAAGGCCAAGGACGCCCCUGCAGUCACAUCCGAGCAAGGCGAGGCCGUUGUGGAGGAGAUUGUCGAGGAAAUCGUCGAAGAGAGCGAAGAGGUCAUCGGUUGA